CCUACCGGCUGGAAUCACCAUCAGGGACUAACUGUAUGCAUAGUCAGCAGAUUGAUCCAACAGAUCGAGGUCAUGUGUAGAUGCAGUCUUCUCAAGUGCAAAGUUUGCACGGUCAAUGUGAUUGACCUAGUGAAAAUUGAGGCAUUAUGAAUGGCUCGGAUUUGAGGUGAUGCGAUCACUCUGAUGAGAUUUCCUAGGGACCGCCGUUGCUUUCUCGCUAUAGCGGCUUCCUAAGCGCUACUUUGGUAGAACACGUCGUACGCCUAACUUGUUUUUGCAGGGUGUGAUGUGAAUGGUAUGGCCUCAAUGUCAUGUGAUGAUGUAUGUGAUGAUUUGUGCGGCUUGUGUGUCGCAAGUUAACACAACCGGGUUGAGGUUGCACCAUUAUUGUAUAACGACCUGCGUGUCGACUUGUGAUGUUUGAAUCCUCAUGUAAUUAUUUCACUAGCUAUUAGAUGUAGUAGCUUAGUAUCUUUUCAUGGAGGCUUCAAUCAUGAUGGCGAUCAUGAUCAUCACAAGACAGGACGGAUGGCAAUGGAGGUCACCUUGGAGCCAUGGCGAUGGAGCCCAUUGUGAUAUCAUGUCGGCCAGUAACAAUUCCGCUUUCAAUUUGCGUUCCAUUCUUGAGAAAGAAAAGUUGAAUGGAACAAACUUUAUUGAUUGGUACCACAACCUGAGAAUUGUUCUCAGGCAAGAGAAAAGGAAGUAUGUUCUUGAGCAGCCAUAUCCUGAUGAUCUCCCUGACAAUGCAACUGCUGCUGAUCGCAGAGCUUAUGAGAAGCACUGCAAUGACUCACUUGAUGUCAGCUGUCUGAUGCUCGCCACCAUGUCCCCUGAUCUGCAGAAGCAGUAUGAGCAUGCGGAUGCUCACACCAUGAUCGAGGGGCUGCGUGGGAUGUUUCAGAACCAAGCCAGGACUGAGAGGUUCAAUAUUUCAAAGUCCUUGUUUGCGUGCAAGCUGCCAGAAGGUAGCCCGGUCAGUCCUCAUGUGAUCAAAAUGAUUGGUUACAUUGAGACUUUGGACAAACUUGGUUCUGAACUUCACCAAGACUUGGCUACUGAUGUUAUUUUCCAGUCGCUCCCAGCGAGCUAUGAGCCUUUUAUCAUGAACUUUCAGAUGAAUGGCUUGGAUAAAACAUUGAGUGAGUUACAUGGGAUGCUAAAAACAGCAGAAGAGAGCAUUAAGAAGAAUCCCAAUCAUGUGAUGAUGAUUCAGAAGGGGAACAAAAAGAGGAAGCGUUGGACGCAUCCUAAUCCCAAAGGUAAAGGCAAGGAAAAGAGUUCCAGUGGUGAGUCUUUGGGCUCUAAGCUAAAGCUAGCACCUAAGGCCAAAUCUGGCCCUACUUCUGAGGAUGAAUGCUUCCACUAUCAUAAAAAGGGACAUUGGUCUAGGAACUGCAAGAAGUACUUGGAAGAAAAGAAAAAGAAGAAAGGAAGUGAGACUUCCACUUCAGGGUCUAAGUAAGACUAGAAGAUUUGCAAGAGGCGAGUUGGACGUUCGUGUUAGCAAUGGUGCAAAGGUUGCGGUGUUGGCGGUCGGCACCUACCACUUGUCUCUACCCUUCGGAUUAGUUUUGGAAUUAAAUAAUUGUUAUUGCAUUCCUGCUUUGAACAAGAACAUUAUUUCUUCUUCAUGUUUGGAAGAAGUUGAUGAUUUUAAGAUUGUAAUAGAGAACAAACGUUGUUCUAUUUUUUGCAAUGGUAGUUUUUAUGCUCAUUGUCCAUUGGUGAAUGGAUUAUA